AGAAAAAAUAUGUAUUAUGACGAUGAUAGAGAAUUUUUUGCAUCUUCCUCUAAGGAUAUCUUGACCUUGAAAACAUGCUAUACUAGCCCACUUUCCCCUUCAGCCCUUGUAAGCCCCUAUUCCCCACACGUCCAUGCAUCGUUUUUCCUUCUUUCGUUGUAUUCAUCAACUCUACUCCACGCAACAACCCCCUUCUCCUGAAAGCUCACAUUAUAUGUGGCUCACAAACCUGUACCUUUCAGUUUUCACCUUCCCCACACGUCACAGUCACACAAAACACAGACACAUAAAACGUACACGUUACAGGAAUCACUGCACUAUGAAUUUGUGCUGACACUGUCAGUGUCAGGUCAGCUAUAUGGGGUUGUGAUCAGCGACAGCAGGUGUUGUUCCUGUUACGGAAUCUGCAGGCUGGACAGAAAUUAUUCUGUAACUUGUCAGAUGAAUUAAUCGAUUCACGUUAAGUGUGCACCCCAAAACCAUGAUGGACCUUAAUUAUUUUGUUUGGGAGUUGGAGAAGCAGCUACAGAUUCAAACCUCAGAGUCUGCAAUCAUUCCAAAUACUCUUCUAGAUGACGUUGAAAGAGACAAAAUUCUGAAUUACAUUUUCAGCCACUACAAUCAUCUAGACGGAUUUCUCACUGUGCCAGUUGUCCAAUUUUUAGUGGAAAAACUCUGUGAGGAGUUCGAUUUAAGAUUAGUUAGGCAGCAAGACGAAGAGAAUGUGCUGUCUCUCUUGAGUCACAGAUGCGCAUCGCUAAAAAAGCUAACAAUUGGUGCCCCUCCAAACCAGUUCAUCUCACUGACUGUGCCAACUACACUGAAGUCAUUUACCCUGCUUGAGAUUUUUGUCACCCACGACUAUUACCUAAAUGAUCACUCUCUAGAUCAACUGCAAGAAGCAGCCCCAAAUUUAAAGAAGAUUUCCACUAGAUUUGAUGAAGUGACUAUUGGAGGUUUGCAGACGCUUUCUAAAUUUAGGAGCCUCACUCAUUUGGCCAUUUGCAAAACGAAGUCCAUUGGAGGCGAACUCGCAGACGCAGAGUACAUGGCGGAAGUUUUAUGGUCAGCCCCGAAUUUGGAAUUACUUUGCUUGUGCAAUGCUAAAAGAUUCACCCACAUGCUGCACUACUUCAACAUUAAAUUUGGUUGCAAAAGAUUGCUGGAACUGGUCAAGAUUGAAAUUGAAGAUAAGAUUCCAUACCCUGUUACAAAGUUACCAAAUGUCAAAGAAGUCGUCGCUGAACACCCUGCAAAUCUGCAGCAGUUUGAAGCUUUUGACAACAUUGAAAAGCUCUCUUUGAAAACUGCUGUUCCUCUUGAGCCCUUGACUAAACUAGUCGGAUUCAGCAAACGGCUCGCACACCUGGAAUUAAUCUUAGAGCAAGAAUUUUGCUGCCCAGUAGUAUUGCCUUUUGAAGUCUUCAGGUAUUUCAGGGUCCUUGAAUACCUGAAAAUUGAAGGAAAAUGGUACUUUGAACUACCUGACCGCAGAGGAAGUGUGAAAUUGGAGGCCCUCAAAACCUGCAUCAUCAAUGUUGAACAUGAUCUAUUCCCCUUUGCAUUCCUGGCUGUGAUCAUGAAGUCCAAAAAUCUAGUGCGCUUAGAAUACAGCGGAAACCACAGAUCUCACAGUUUUUUUAAGGCUCUCACCAGAGCCACUCGCUCAAAUUGUACCUUAAACAUUGAAAGUGUGAGGCUUCAAAGCUUUGACUCAAGCUCGCAUCAGGACCUGAAUAGCAUGAAGAAGCUCUAUAUCUGUGCACCAAAGCUGCGUUCACUGGAAAUAUUUACACCAGAUAUUUUUCACGCAGAAAAGUUGAGAGAAUACUUUGAAGACCUGACUGGAGGAAAUUCCAAACUGAAGUACAGAGUGUAUCCUUUCAAGUCGCAAGCUAAUGGCCAGUUCUAA